UUUGUGUUUCACUUUCAUUAAGCCUCUCUCACACUUGUUGUGAGUGUUUUUCUUGUGUAAUUUGCCAUAAAGCUCUAAUCUUUUGCUCCCCAAGUUGUUAGGGUUUUGAAAUUGCAUUUGUUGUGGAAUGAUUUGAACACCCUUUUUGCCUUUCUUUCCAAGAACCCGGCUUGUGAGAGCUACAUUGAGAGUAGAAAGUGUGAAAUUGUUGCCCUUUUUAGGUACAUUGUUGUGUUUUGGGAGCUAUCCAUUUUUUGCUCUCAAGGAAGGAGGGAGCUGCCAUGGUGGUAAAACGGUGACGUUUCAUUUGUUUAGAUCUCCGUUUUGGCUCUGUGUUUGUUCUAGUAGUGAAAGAACACAUUUUUAGUGGAAUUCAUUUGGGCGUAUUUUGUUUUGGUAGAUUACAAGAUUGCUUUUUUUGGUUGUUUAGAAUGAGGAUAUUUAGGCUUCUUGUUGUGAGUCUUUGCUGUGUCUCCUGCUUAGGGCAGCUCCCAUCUCAGGACACCUUAGCACUGCUUGAGUUCAAGAAAGGAAUCAAACAUGAUCCAACUGGUUUUGUAGUCAAUUCAUGGAAUGAUGAGUCAAUUGAAAACAAUGGCUGCCCUUCCUCUUGGAAUGGAAUCAUGUGUAAUGGGAAUAACAUUGCUGCUGUUGUUCUUGACAAUUUGGGAUUGUCUGCAGAUGUGGAUUUGGGUGUUUUCUCUAAUCUCACAAUGCUCGUGAAGCUUUCGAUUGCGAACAAUUCCAUCUCCGGCAAGUUAGAUCAAAGCCUAGGCGAUUUCAAGCGCCUCGAGUAUCUUGAUGUUUCUGAUAACUUGUUAUCCUCUUCGUUGCCAUCUGAGAUUGGCAAACUUGCUAGUUUAAAGAAUCUGUCUUUGGCUGGAAACAACUUCUCUGGUGCUGUUCCGGACUCAAUCUCUGGCCUUGCCUCGAUUAGGGUUCUAGACAUGAGCCGGAAUUCCCUAUCCGGGCCCAUACCUUCAUCCUUGACGAGGCUGGAGAGUUUGGUGUAUCUCAAUCUGUCGUUGAACGGGUUCACAAAGGGCAUCCCGAAGGGUUUGGAGCUGAUGAAUAAACUUGAUGUGCUCGACUUACAUGGGAACAUGCUCGAUGGCAGGGUCGAUCCUCUGUUCUUGAUGCUCACUAAUGCUAGUCAUGUUGAUCUUAGUGGGAAUUUACUAGUUAAUGCUGCUGAGGAUCAGAAGAAGUUUCUAGGAGGCAUCUCACCGUCUCUUAAGUAUUUGAAUCUCAGCCACAACCAGAUGGUAGGAUCGCUCGUUGGUGGUGGCGAUGCACAGGCUUUUGGGAGCUUGAAGGUCUUGGAUUUGAGUUAUAAUCAGCUGUUUGGGGAGUUGCCUGGCUUCAACUUCGUUUACGAUCUUGAAAUCCUUAAACUUGGCAACAACGGGUUUUCUGGCCCCAUCCCGAACAACCUUCUGAAAGGAGAUUCUUUGGUUCUAAUUGAGCUGGACCUAAGUGGGAAUAACCUCUCAGGGCCUAUAAGUUUCAUUACUUCGACGACAUUGCACACUCUCAACCUGUCGUCUAAUCACCUCUCUGGUGAGCUUCCACUGCUGACGGGAAGCUGUGCUGUGAUCGACGUGUCGAGAAACAACUUCCAAGGAAAUUUGACUAGGUUGGCUAAAUGGGAGAACGUCGAGAUCCUUGAUCUGAGCCAAAACCAAUUGACCGGGCCUAUUCCAGAGGCGACGGCUCAGUUUCUGCGUCUGAAUUACCUCAACCUGUCGCGCAAUUCCCUGAAUGGUUCGCUUCCUAAAGCCAUCGCGCAUUUUCCAAAGCUCGCCACUCUCGAUCUCAGCUUCAACGGAUUAGGAGGGCCUCUUUUGCCUUCCCUUUUGAUGUCUGAGACUCUCGCGGAACUCCACCUGCAGGGCAAUGCCUUCUCUGGAACGAUCGAGUUCUCGCCUCUCUUUAACAUUACUAAUCUUCUUGCUAUUGAUCUCUCUGACAAUGGGCUCAGUGGUGAGUUGCCUGAUGGAUUCAGUUUGAUCACUGGGCUUGAAAGGCUCAACGUCGGAAGAAACAACUUCUCGGGGUCGUUGCCUAGCUCGUUUGCUAAUCUCACGAGGCUAAGCUCGUUGGACAUCUCCGGGAACCAUUUCACCGGGCAUCUGCCAGAGAACUUGUCUGAUAGUCUCGUGAGCUUCAAUGCUUCGUACAAUGAUCUCUCGGGCGUUGUCCCGGAUAAUCUGAGGAGGUUCCCGUUGUCUUCGUUCUACCCUGGCAACUCCGCCUUGCAGUUCCCGAAUCCUCCUUCGGGACCGAGACAAGGCCAAGCUGGAAAUAAUCAUCCGAGAACUAUCGUUAUCGUGGCAAUCGUGGUUUCUUGUGUGGCGGCCUUGGCUAUUCUGAUCCUGCUCGUCGUUUUCAUCCGUCACAAGCGAAAAUCCAAGAGGCCGUCCCCUGUUACGACGACGAAAGACAUCAGCCGCACUUCAACGAAUCCAUCAAGCGUAGGUGGCAGGGACCGCUCCAGUGGCUUGCUCGUUUUGGCUGGGGAUCUGGCGAGAUCGAGGAAAGGGUCGUCGUCGGAGAUACUCGACCCUGAGGAGAAACUGGCGGCAGUAACCGGUUUCUCCCCAUCGAAGACCAGCCCCUUCUCGUGGUCCCCUGAAUCCGGUGAUUCGUACACUAUGGAGAGCCUCUCGAAAUUAGAAGCCGGAUCUCCCGACCGCCUGGCGGGAGAGCUGUACUUUCUCGACGACACUGUCUCGUUCACUGCUGAGGAGCUGUCCCGAGCCCCAGCGGAAGUCCUUGGACGGAGCAGCCACGGGACGUCCUACAAAGCGACUCUCGAGAACGGGAUGCUCUUGACCGUGAAGUGGUUGAGGGAAGGAGUUGCUAAGCAGAGGAAGGAGUUUGCUAGAGAAGCAAAGAAGUUUUCCAACAUCAGACAUCCAAAUGUGGUGGGGCUGAGAGGGUACUACUGGGGCCCCACGCAACACGAAAAGCUCAUCCUUUCAGACUACAUUUCCCCCGGAGGCCUCGCGAGCUUCCUCUACGAUCGGCCGGGAAGGAAGGGGCCGCCCUUGACGUGGGCUCAGAGGCUCAAGAUAGCAGUAGACGUUGCACGUGGCCUGAACUAUCUCCAUUUCGACCGAGCCAUGCCUCACGGCAACCUCAAAGCAGCAAACGUAUUACUCGAAGGGCCCGACCUCAACGCCCGUGUAGCCGACUUCUGCCUGCACCGUCUCAUGACCCAAUCGGGCACCAUUGAGCAGAUCCUCGAUGCCGGUGUUCUAGGUUACCGGGCGCCAGAGCUCGUCGCAUCAAAGAAGCCCCUCCCGUCGUUCAAAUCAGACGUCUAUGCGUUCGGAGUCAUAAUGCUGGAACUCCUAACCGGGAAGUGCGCUGGCGAUGUCGCCUCCGGUGCGGAUGGGGGAGUCGGGCUGACGGAUUGGGUCCGGUUCAAGGUGGCGGAAGGGCGGGGAUCGGACUGCUUCGAUGCAGCACUGGUGGCGGAGAUGAGCAUCCCGGCUACGGAUAAAGGGAUGAAAGAGUUGCUCGGGAUCGCCCUCCGGUGCAUCAGGCCAGUGUCGGAGAGGCCGGGUAUCAAGACAGUGUAUGAAGAUCUCUCCUCCAUUUAGGUUUUGGUAGUUCUUGUUUUAGUUAUCAAGUGUGAAUUAAGUAUCUCAUUUUUAUCUCUUUUUUGAAUAGUGGAAGUAGAAAAGUAGUGUUAUUUUUGCUUCUUUUGCAGCCAUUAUCGUAUAUUGGGACAUAUCUUGAUGUA